CGCGCUAACCGCUACGCCACCACAGCACGCCCCGAUAUGGACGUGUCUCUGAGCGAUGAUCCGCUCCUUAAAGCAACCCUGACAGAGAACGGUGGCGGGACAAACAAAAAGCGAGACGCAGACGAGCCUGCGGCCAUGUUGGAGCCCGAGACGCUGCAGUGGCCGGAGGACAGAGAGACAGGGACGGGGGGACGAACAGAUGGGGUCAUCGCGAGGUCAGACGCGUCCAGCUGGACGGAGAGCGAGCGAGGCCGCAGGAUGGAGAGGGCGGAGCUUAUAGGUGAGGGGCGGGACCACCUGGAGGAGAACCGACUUCCAGAGAAAGCCGCUCAGGUGUUCAGCCCGGCUGUCACCGUCCUUCCCUCCCUCGCCGCCUCCAGAGACACAGAGGCAUUCUGGGAAAUGGAAUCAGAGAGGAGCCCCUUCCUGAGCCCUCGCCAAGUGGACUACAACCAACAUGGCUACCAGUUUGACUUACCCGAGGACAUGCCCCCUUCUACCUGGAAAGGGGGAUGUUCAGACAGAGAUGCACUGAAGCUAGUCGUCUCCGUGAUGACAUCAGCGCUGCUCUUCCCAUUCCUGGUGUGGGGGGGGUUCGUCUUCCUGCCAUUCGACGCCCCCCUGCUGGACGGCGCCCCCCUCAGGCUGGUCUACACUCUGCGCUGCUCUGUGUUCGCCGCCGCACCCGUCGUCCUCGGUUGGCUGGUCCUGGGUGUCAGCAGGCUCAGCUCCGGAUCCACUCAGCCCGCCGUUGAUGAUGUCAUCAAGGAGGCAGAGCUUCAAGAAGUCUCCGUCCACCGACGCUUCAUCUCUGAUUCUGCCUCCCUCUUCCUGAUCUACUUCCUGCAGCUGGUUGUCAUGGCAAUGUACCUAACCCAGGAGCAGCUGAAGCUCGUCCCGCUGCUGACCAUCGUCUUCGCCUUUGGCCGGUUGGCGUACUGGCUGGCGGCGGCGUUCGGCAGCAGCCUCCGCGGUUUUGGCUUCGGCCUGUCCUUCCUGCCCAGCCUCGUCAUGAUGGCGGCCAACUUCUACUUCAUCUUCACGGUGGAGUCGGCGGGGUCGGUGUUUGGCGCCGCGCCGCCGCCGGACGAGGCGCUGCCUCUGCCCACAGGCAGACAGAGGUUCUGGGGAUGAUACCUGAGCUUUUCCAUGAUUAUGAUUAUGGACUGGAGAAACUGGAAGCUCCGCCCACCUCUUUUAGUUUUUCAGAGUUUUUAUUUUGUAGAAAGAACACAACUUUCUAUUUUGUAAAUAUGGACUUGCAUUGAAUCAAUUUUUAUCAGCCAACUGUGCUCAUAGUUUAGGUUUGUAUAAAAUUCAUCAAAGGUUUUACAAUAAAAGCAUCAAAUUCACUUCC